AUGCAUCUUUUAUAUUUACUAAGCAUAAUUUCUAUUGGAUUUGUUUUCUCAUGGCCAGAUCCACCAUGUAGAAUACCACCAUUAGCUGCUAAUUAUACUAUUGAAAAGUAUUCUGGUCGAUGGUUUGAAAUUGGUAAAAUACAAACACCAGGUGGAAGUUUUUUUGAAAAAGGUUGUGUCUGUACACAUAUUGAUGUCAAUCCUACUAUUGUUAACCUCACCAUAGUUAGCGUAUCAAAUAUUUGUAAUAAAGAUUCACCUGAUGGUAAAUUAAUUAUUUCGAAACAAACAUUAACUAGUUCAAUGAAUCCUUCAAAUGGUCGAUAUAAUGCAUCAUUUUUACCUGACCUACCUCCUGUCGCUUAUAAUGUUAUUGUUUUGAAAACUGAUGAUUAUAGUGUUGAAUAUGAUUGUAUUCAUGAAUUUGGUAUAACAAAUUAUUGUGUGCAUAUUUUAUCGCGUAAACCAACAUUAGAUGUGACUAUUGUUAAUAGUAUUUUGAAACUUGUACAAGAACUUGAUUUAAAUAUGGCUAAAAUUAAAUAUAAGCAAACACAACAAGAAAAUUGUUCAUAUCCGAAAUAA